AUGGCGCUCUUAUUUCCACGUUUUGCUGAAUACUCAGCACCGGGAAGUGCACCCUCCAGAAAAACUCCCGAACUCGUGCCACCGAUUACACCUGACGAGGUCCUCGCAUCUCUUCGUCACAUGGAGAAUCGGAAAGCUGUCGGACCGGACGAGGUGCCAAUUGAAGCGUGGAAAUCGCUGGGGGCUCGUGGUGUGUGCAUUCUUACUAACCUUUAUAAUAGAAUCCUGAGCGACCGAAUAAUGCCCGAUCAGUGGCGGCUUAGUAUAAUAACGUCGGUCCACAAGGGUAAUUACCGCGGUAUAAAAGUGAUGUCACACACCAUGAAGCUCUUCGAGCGCAUUAUUGACACCAGGAUCCGACAGCAGUGUACAGUGUCGGACUCCCAGUACGGUUUCCAACCAGGACGCGGUACCAUGGACCCUAUAUUCGCCCUAAGGAUCCUCAUGGAGAAGCACAGGGAAAAGAAUAUGCCUCUGCAUUUUUUAUUCCUAGACCUGCAGAAGGCCUUUGACUGUGUUCCUAGGGAGAUGAUUUGGUGGGCGUUGCGGUCGAAGUUGGUACCGGAGACCUACGUGGAAAUCGCACGUGACAUGUACCGCAACUCCGAUUCAAUAGUCAGGACCGCUGUUAUGAUACCACCCCCUUCCCCAUAA